AUGAUCAGCUUCUCAUAUCUUCUGACAGCCUUACUCCCGGUAGUAGGCGCCGCUUCUGUUAGCUGUCCUCCAUCCAAUGCACCGACCGUGAAGGUCAAAAACGGCACCGUGGUGGGCAAAUACAAUGCUCACUACCAGCAAGACUUGUUCCUGGGGAUUCCCUACGCCAAGCCCCCUAUUCAAGACCUUCGAUUCACUCGUCCACAGCAUCUGACCAAAAAGUGGACUGGUCCCAAGCAGGCAACAGAAUAUGGGCCAUACUGCUAUGGGUUUAAUGUCGGCUUGGUUGGAUAUGAUACAAAUACCACCAACCCUUCGAGCGAAGACUGUCUUACCAUAAACGUGGUGCGACCCCAUAAUUACCAUCAUGAAUGGGCUACUAAGGGCCUCCCAGUACUUGUCUGGGUAUACGGAGGUGGAUUUCAAGAAGGCGGCAGUGCGGACACCCGAUAUAACAUGUCACGCCUUGUUGAAAUGUCUACCGAGAUGGGCAAACCUAUUAUCGGAGUUAGCUUCAACUAUCGCAGGAAUGCAUUUGGGUUUAUUUCUGGAGAGCCGUUUAAUAGCAUCGGAGCCACAAACUUGGGUCUCCACGAUCAGCGGCUCGCGCUCCAGUGGAUUCAGGAAAACAUUGCAUUUUUUGGAGGUGAUCCUAGCAGAGUCACUCUCCAAGGAGAAUCGGCCGGAGCCUUGUCAAUAUCCCUUAACAUGUUGGUACACAAGGGUCGCGACGAGGGUCUAUUUCAGCGGGCAAUUCUUGAGAGCGGCACGCCAUUGUUCGCUCACAGCUUCCCAACUGUGGCAGACCAGAAGGAGAUAUUAGGCAUGUUUUUAAACAAAACGGAAUGUUCAAGUUCUAAAGACAUCGUCUCAUGUCUGCGAAAAAUUCCCGCCGAGGACUUCAUCAAAGCAGCAACAGGCAUAUUCUGGCAUCCAAUCAUCGACAACGAUCUGCUAUCGCAGUUAUCGUCUGAGUCUAUAAAGCGUGGCGACUUCCUCAAGAUCCCGGUACUCAUCGGUACCAACACCAACGAAGGAUCUACUUUCCUGGAAAUGUUUAGUCAAGGCUCUCCAGUAAAUACUUUCGAUGAUGUGUCCAGGGUGCUCUUGACAAGUGUGUUUCCGCACCAACUUCCCAACGGUACUAUCGCUCGACUCCAUGAACUAUACUCCGACGUGAUGAAGAAUCCCUCCGAAGCAAAGCUGGGUACCGUACUUCCCAAUCCUGGUCCAGCCUACGGGAAACUUCAUGGAGAGCUGUCUUUGCUUGUUGGAGACUCAUUGUUCAAUGCUGGCCGGCGUGUGACUUGCCAGGCCUGGGCACAGCGAAACAUACCGGCUUACAGCUUCCGCUUUGAUACAAACCCAGCUGGUCUGUCUCCAGAAGUCUACGGUGCUGCACACUUUCAAGAGGUUCCAUUCGUGUUUGACAACAUAAAUGGCGAGGGAUAUGAUGUCAAUCCGUUUGAUGUCAAUAACCAGUCUUUGAAGAGAAAGUACCUGGAUCUCGCGCAGCUUAUGAGUAGAAUGUGGCUGAGCUUUGUCCAAACCGGGGACCCUAAUAACCAUGGAGUCCAUGGAUUCAACUUACGUUGGCCGAAAUACGAUCUAGAUUCUCCGGUCAACAUUGUUUUUAACGCAACUAAAGGUAUAACUCUAGAGAAGGACACCUACCGCGCCAAGGCUAUGAACUACAUCUGGGAAUCAGCUGCUAUAUUUCACAGAUAG